AUGGACUACUGGGUGAAGGAUGAUGGUCGGCAGCUACACCAUUGCGUUUUGCUGAUGACAUCGUACUAUAACACCUGCACCGCCAGUGGAACAAUGCUGAUCGAAUCGACGAAACAUGUGGAUGCACGGUCUUCGCUGAAUCUACAAAAGACGAUGUCAUGCGGAACGGAUGCCCAUGCCCCAUCCGGUCAACGGAACGACAUAUCCGAAUGCACCGUUACGUUUAUCUGGUCGGAACUCACUAUGAGCGACCCGACCCCGCUGGCAAGACGCGCUUGGGAGCGUACAGAGCAUCGGAUGGUAAGAAACCGAACACCCGCCCGUGCUCACCUCUUCACACCACCGUACUCCGCUUUGACCUUGCUCACCGCAUCGCGCGCGCGGCGUAGAAAUCUCAAAAAUGUUUAA